AGAGACUCGCACGUCUGCCCGGCCCGCAGAGCGCUUCGCCUUGGCGGCCCGGCCGCGCAGAACAGGCUUAACGUGUGGCAGCGGGCACUGCGGUGAUGCCGCGUGCCUGGACUUUGCGGGCUGGGAAGAUGUUGACAUUCCCAGUAGGCGAGUUUUGAUUACUGGUGCUACAGGACUCCUUGGCAGAGCUGUGUUUAAAGAAUUCAAUGAAAAUAAUUGGAAUGCAGUUGGCUGCGGGUACAGGAGAGCUCAGCCCAGAUUUGAACAGAUUAAUCUUCUGGACUCUAUUGCAGUUCAUGACAUUAUCCAUGAUUUUCAGCCUCAUGUUAUAGUGCACUGUGCUGCUGAGAGAAGGCCAGAUGUUGUAGAAAGUCAACCAGAUGCUGCUUCCCAGCUCAAUGUAGCUGCUUCAGGGAACUUGGCAAAAGAGGCAGCUGGAGUUGGAGCGUUUCUGAUCUACAUUAGUACAGACUAUGUAUUUGAUGGAACAAGCCCUCCUUAUAAAGAGACCGAUGUACCAAAUCCCCUGAAUUUAUAUGGUAAAACCAAACUGGAGGGUGAAAAGGCAGUCCUGGAAAAUAAUGAAGAUGCUGCAGUACUUAGGAUUCCUGUCUUGUAUGGAGAGGUAGAACGACUGGAGGAAAGUGCUGUGACUGUUAUGUUUGAUAAAGUGCAGUUCAGUAAUAAAUCUGCCAACAUGGACCACUGGCAGCAAAGAUUUCCUACCAACGUCAAGGAUGUAGCAACUGUUUGCAGACAACUAGCAGAGAAGAGAAUGCUGGACCCAUCAGUGAAAGGAACAUUUCACUGGUCUGGCAAUGAGCAGAUGACGAAGUACGAGAUGGCGUGUGCGAUUGCAGAUGCUUUCAACCUUCCCAGCAGCCACCUGAGACCAAUCACUGAUUGUCCAGUUGUGGGUGCUCUUCGGCCGAGGAAUGCUCAGCUGGACUGCUCCAAGUUGGAGAGGCUGGGGAUAGGUCAGAGAACGCCGUUUCGAGCUGGGAUCAAAGAAUCACUUUGGCCUUUCCUUGUCGACAAGAGAUGGAGGCAGACAGUCUUCCAUUAGUUUGUAACUUUUUUAGUAAAAGUAUGGUAUGUGGCACUUUUUUAAAAGAAAAGAAUAGUUUUGUAUGAGUGUUCUUAAAUUGUGACAUUUAUGACUUUCAUUUAAUCAGGUAAACCUAUCGUCUUGCACUAGUGAAAUUGUUAGCCUAAAAAAUGUUCAGUGACAAAAACUGAGCUUAUUUGAUGUCAUGGAUGUUUCCUUCCAUUCGUACCCGUCUAAGUUCAUGUCUGUUCCUAGCGGAUUAUGGUUCGUAGUAAUUGGUACCAUUUGAUGCUAAGAUGGAUUCACAUCACUUCUAGACAGACUUUGGCUAAAAUAUCUUGUUGAUGCUUAAGUUCUGUGCCAUUGUUGUAUAUACCAUUUCUCUUUGUGAAAACACGUGGUCACUUACUUCAUCACCAAAGUCUGAGGUUUUUGGUUUUAACUUCUGGAGGUGGUGUUCUUCUGGAGUUCAACUGAAGUAGGAGUCGUUACAUGUUUGUUUUGCUUGAGCUCUGAUCAAAAUGUUUUUUAAAAAAAAGUGAAACUUUAUUUUUGCAAUUAUCAAGUGUACUUUUUAUGCUUGAAAUAUUUUCAGAAUGUUCCGUAACUUGAAUGCUUGCAGCUCCAUAUUGUACAGUAAGUUGUAUGCACUUGUUUUAAUGGUGACAUAUAAAAGCUGCAGGAGGGUUGGGAGGGUGGGGAACAAAUA